AUGGCCACAAUCCUGCGCAGAUACAAGAUGCCCCAGCUCAUCUAUGGCUCUUCUCCCAUGAUGGAAGACAAUGUACAAACACUUUUCUCCCACUGGAUGUCCCCAGAUGGGACACAUCAGUACAAUGGGAUACUCCAGCUUCUGCUGCAUUUCAGAUGGAUAUGGAUUGGGGUGCUUUCUCUGAGUGAUGACACUGGAGAGAGAUUUGUACAAAAUGUUCUUCCCAUGUUUGCGCAGAGGGGCAUCUGCUUUGAUUUUAUAGGAAGAUUUCCUCAAGUUAAGUUUUCUGGAGAGUUUAGUCAAAUGGUGACUGAUGGUUCUGAAACAAUGCGCAUUGUGAAGGACAGCACUGCCAGUGCUGUGGUGGUUCAUGGUGAAAUUUUAACGAUUCUGGUCAUGAGAAUAAUCCCAAUGAUUGCAGGAGCAUAUAAUAUACCAUUUAAAGCCACAUCAAAAGUCUGGAUAAUGGCUACACAGAUUGAAUUCACAUCACUUCCCUUUCAAAGAGAGUGGGAAAUAGAUUUCCUGCAUGGGGCUCUAUCCUUGGCUGUUUACUCAAAGGAUCUUACAGGAUUCCAGAAAUUUAUUGAGAUGAGAAACCCUACCUUAGAAAGAGAAGAUAGGUUUCUUGGGGUUUUAUGGGAAGAAGCAUUCAUCUGUUCUUUCCCCAAUACUCCUUGGGAUAAGAAAUAUGAGGCAUUCUGCACAGGGCAGGAGAAGAUUGACACCCUUCCUGGGACUGUUUUAGAAAUGAGUAUGACUGCCCAAAGCUACAGCGUCUACAAUGCUCUAUAUGCUGUAGCACAUGCUUUGCAUACCAUGCAAUGCUCCAAAUCCAAAGGCAGAGCAAUGGCAGAUGGAAUAACAUGGAACCAGCUAAACCAACAAACAUGGCAGCUCCAGCGCUUUUUGAGAAGUGUCUCUUUCAACAAUAAUGCCGGAGAAGAUAUUUCCUUUGAUGAAAAGGGAGCAUUAGUAGUUGGAUUUGAUAUUAUCAACUGGGUCACAUUCCAAAAUGAAUCCUUUCUUAGAGUCAAAGUUGGGAAAAUGGGCCCACAGAUUCCCCAAGAAAAGGGGUUCACAAUUAAUGAUGAUGCCAUUGUAUGGCCCAGCUACUUCAACCAGACGCCACCUCUUUCUUUGUGUAAUGAGAAUUGCCCUUUAGGUUACAGCCGAGCCAAGAAGGAAGGGAAACCUUCUUGCUGCUAUGAUUGUCACCCAUGUCCAGAAGGGAAGAUCUCAAGCCAGAAGGACAUGGAUGAUUGUUCUGGAUGUCCUGGCGACCAGUAUCCAAACAAUGAUCAGGAUGGAUGCCUUCCAAAACAAAUUACCUUCUUGUCUUAUGAAGAGGCUUUGGGGAUAAUUUUGGCCACUUUGGCUCUUUCCUUUGCUUUCCUCACUGCUUUGGUGCUUGGAAUCUUCGUGAAGCACAUGGAUACUCCCAUAGUCAAAGCCAACAAUCGGAACCUCACCUACACUCUCCUCAUCUCCCUCUUGCUUUCCUUCCUUUCUGUUUUGCUAUUCAUUGGCCAGCCUGAAGCAAUGACGUGCCUCAUUCGACAAGCUGCUUUUGGCAUGAUCUUCUCAGUGGCGGUUUCUUGCAUAUUGGCCAAAACCAUCAUUGUUGUUCUAGCUUUCAUGGCCACCAAGCCAGGAUCCAAGAUGAGGAGAUGGGUGGGGAAACCAUUGUCCACUUCCAUAGUUCUUUCCUGCUCUCUUAUUCAAGCCACCAUUUGUACUUUGUGGCUGUCAACUUCUCCCCCAUUCCCAGAUUUAGACAUGCAUACCAUGAUGAAGGAAAUUGUACUGUUCUGUAAUGAGGGGUCAGUCCUCAUGUUUUAUUGUGUACUGGGCUACAUGGGCUUCUUGGCUGUUGUUAGCUUUACUGUGGCUUUUCUAGCUCGGAGGUUGCCCGACAGCUUUAAUGAAGCCAAGUUUAUCACCUUCAGUAUGUUGGUCUUUUGCAGUGUUUGGCUGACCUUUAUCCCAUCCUACCUGAGCACAAAAGGAAAAUAUAUGUUGGCUGUGGAGAUCUUCUCCAUCUUGGCCUCCAGUUUUGGGUUAUUAGUGUGCAUCUUUUCCCCCAAAUGCUAUGUUAUUGUACUGAGGCCAGAGCUGAACACCAGGGGACAGUUAGCUAGAAGAAACUAA